UUCCCCUUAAAAUUGGUGGACGUUUCUUCCCGUUCCUUUUGAUUUUGUCCGUAUGUAUCCUUUUGGGAAUCACUUGAGCUAAAUUUACAGUACUGCGCCACGGAGCCCAUUAUCUUUCCCAAUCUCCAUUCCUCCCCCUCCCUCUCUCUCAAAAAAAGAAGAAGAUGGAGGGCUCAUUCGUAAAUCCAUACUCGUCUGCUGCGUUUAGCUUCUUCCUCAGCAUUAUCAUUGCCGGGGCGACGACUUCCGGCAGUUCUUAUUCAGCCGCUAGUACUCCGACAUGUGACUUCCCGGCGAUUUUCAACUUCGGGGACUCCAACUCCGACACGGGCGGGUUGUCGGCCGCGUUUGGCCAGGCGGGCCCUCCAGCCGGCGAGACUUUCUUCCACCAUCCCGCCGGCCGCUACUCCGACGGCCGCCUUGUCAUCGACUUCAUUGCACAGGAACUGGGUUUACCUUACCUGAGUGCGUUCCUUGAUGCGAUCGGCAGCAAUUUCACCCACGGCGCCAAUUUUGCCACCGCCGGCUCCACCAUCCGCCCCCAAAACACCACCCUUCACCAGAGCGGCUUCAGCCCCAUCUCCCUCAACGUACAGGGCUACCAGUUCCACGACUUCCUCAACCGCUCCCAGCUCGUCCGCUCUAGAGCAGGAGGAGUCUACGAGAAGUUGCUCCCGAAACCAACAUCCUUCGCCGGCGCGCUCUACACGUUCGACAUCGGCCAGAACGACCUCACCGCCGCCUACUUCCUCAACAUGACCACUCCCCAAGUCGUCGCCGUCAUCCCCGACGUCCUCUCCCAAUUCAAAGCCGUGGUCAAAGCCAUCCACGACCAGGGCGGGCGCCACUUCUGGAUCCACAACACCGGGCCCUUCGGCUGCCUGGCCUACGUCCUGGCCCGCGUCCCCACGGCCCAGUUCGACGAAGCGGGCUGCGGGGUCCCCUUCAACCGCGUGGCCCGGAUUUUCAACCGUGGGCUCAAGAAGACCGUGGGCCAGCUGAGGAAAGAGCUGCCCUUAGCGGCCGUUACAUACGUCGACGUCUACAAGGUUAAGUACGAACUCAUUCGACACGCCAAACUACACGGGUUCAAUGAGUCGAUAAGGGCGUGUUGUGGGUACGGCGGAGAGUACAAUUACAGCAGGGAAAUUGGGUGUGGAGGGAAGAUGAAGAAGAAGAACGGCGUUGAAAUUGAGGCUAAAUCGUGCAAAGACCCAUCUCGAUACGUGAAUUGGGAUGGUGUGCAUUACACCGAAGCAGGCAACAAAUGGAUUUUCGACCAAAUUGUGGGCGGCAGAUUCUCAGACCCUCCACUCCCUCUGCGUAUGGCUUGUUAUAGGAAGGAGUAGUAGAAAAAUAGGCACAUCAUUAUGAGCUUGUUUCCAUGAAGAACUGGAUGAUCAAAUUAUGCAACGAAAUCGCGUAGCGAUAAAAUUUUAUUUAUCGUAAUAACAUCAAUUAGGUUAUAACUUCUUAUCGUCAUUUCAAGAAUUCCAAUCUUUACAAUCACAUUAUCUUAUCAAUAAUCACACAAAUUAACACAACGAAAUGAAGUCAGAAUCACUCCAUCCCGAACAUAAUAUCUUUCACACAUCAUAUAAGAUUGAUAAUAUUGUUUACCCAAAUAAUACCUCGACGGCCGGAACACAUAAUUCUCCUCCUAAUUAUAGUGCAACAUGUUGAUGAAAGAAAGGAGCACGGCCGUCAACCGAAAGAAGACCUCAUUCUCCACCGCCAGCGGGUGACCUGAUCUGUACCUCCUCUCCCUAAACCCAUCCUCGCAAGUGCUGGCCGAGUCCAUGGCGGCGCUCACCUCGACGUUGGCCUUGAAGCAAUCCCGAUACUCGAACACGUCCUUUGCGGCGUCGUUUAGCUCGCCCUUGGCGUCGGCGUACAGCUCCAAGCAGUCCCCGAGUGCGUGCCUACAGUAAGGGUCCAUGGCCGCGCCGCGGGUGAUCAGCAUCCGGGAGAUCCGUUUGACGAUCCUCGUCGCGUUCCUCGCCGUCAGCUUCAUCGAGACUCCGACCAGAUCCUCCAUGGUCGUCACGUUGUGGAUGUAGGGCGCGAAGCAUUGGAGGCAGAACUCGUAGCUGAAGUUUGGGUCGGUGCUCGCCGCCUCCCGGCAGCGGAGGACGACGAAGUCGCCGUCGGUGAAGGUUGCUGAUGCGGUGAAGGGGAUGGUGAUUGAGGCCAGCAGGAAGAAUGCGAGAAGCAUGGUGGGUGAUGAUGGGAGAUUCGUGGG